AUGGCCCAUGAAUUCUAACUUCCGCCAUGCUGAAGAGUUCAAAACUAGGACGAAAUAGCUGUCCAGUACUCCCAGGUUUUCCGAUGGUUCUCUAACCAAUGUCAGUUCAAGAUGAGAUCCUGUAACCAAUAAAAUUCCUACAAACCAACAUUUGAAAAGAAUUAUUCAUUUGCAUUUCUCUUAACAGUCCUUAUCAGAUAAUGCUGAAUAAUUACGAUAGUUAAGUCAAUGGCGAACUCAAAAUUUUAUUUUAUUUUUAUUUAUUUUAUUAUAACUUGAUUACACACAGUAUUUUGUUACAGCUAUGGAAUUUUCAGCAAGUGAUAUCAGUAGCCCAAAUUUAGCAGGCCGCCCAUUGAUAUCAGGUGUUCGUCAGUCGGGAGCAUGUGCAUGGUCGGCCAGCAUCUUAAACGCUGUGCCACCGACUCACAUAUCAGUAAAAUUUAUUUGUAUGUUCUAGAGAGAUGUGUUAACUGAGCGUUUGAACAGUUCAAUGAAGAAUGGAGUAAUUUUCAGGAAAAGAUACAACAGAUCCAACAGAAUCGCUUUCCUGAUAUGUAUAAAAACGUUUUCGUAGCAACCUGUUUUCGCUUUGAGAUUUUGAAAUAGGAUUUUUGGAUGUUAAGCGUUGAUAUGUGUGCGUCGGUGGUGCAGCGGUUAGGAGGCUUGCCGACCAUCUACAUGGUUCGGGGUUGAAUCCUCAGCCGACGCACUCCCCUUACCUCGCUAAUCCAGAAAUAAAGCUGGUAAAGAGGAAAGGGUGGGCAUGAGGUCAGCGACCCUAUCCUGUAAAAAUAAACAGGAAAAAAUAAUAAGCGUUGAUAUAAAAGAAGCAUCCACAAUGAACGAACAAAAUUUGACUGAAAUAAAUCUACAGAUGGAUUUCAGUUGAUCAUUAUUAACUCCUUUCUUUAAAUUUAAGUUUUUAUUUAAGCCUGAUUAUUCUACAGGAUCAUAGUAACUUCAGCGCUGAAGAGGCUGUCUAGAUAGGAAACGAAAGCUUCCCAAUCAAACCAAUCAGCUCAGAAAACACAAUCAAAUCAAAACACUUAAGAAGGUGUGAUACAGAAUAACAGUUUCUACCGAUGGAGUGUGAAUAAUUUGAGCUGUUUGCUUUACCAAUGGCAUAAUUCAUUAUCCAAGAAUGUACAAAAAAUGUAACUAUCUCAUUACCUUAUCAUACAUACACAAUGAAGAAAGAUUUGAGAGAAUAACUUUGGUUGAAGACAAAAAACUGGAAUAACUUAUGAGUGAACUCAAUUUAGAUUUAAAACGACCUGUUGUAAUAUGCGGUCCUUCUGGAUGUGGCAAAAGUACCUGUAUACGAACACUUAUCACUAGAUAUCCAAAUUCAUUCCGUUAUUGUGUAUCACAUACCACUCGACCGAGACGACCAGAUGAAAUUCACGGAAAAGAUUAUUAUUUCAUAUCAAAUGAAGAGUUUGAUGCCGCCGUAAAUAAAGAUGAAUUCAUCGAACAUGUUAUGUUUUCUGGACACUAUUAUGGAACAAGCAAAUCAGAAUUGAGAAAGGCAGAAAUGGAGAAACGUGUUUGCCUAAUGGAUAUUGAUAUACAAGGAGUUGAAAAAUUACAGAAAACAAGUAUCAAUCCAAUUUGUAUUUUUAUACGUCCAAGAAGCUUUGCUAUACUUGAGAAACGACUACGAUCUCGUUCUACGGAAAGUGAGGAUAGAAUUCUCCAGAGAUUGGCAGUUGCACAUCAGGAAAUGCAGUAUGGUAUAUCUGAAGGAAAAUUUGAUGCUGUUAUUGUGAAUGAUAAUGUUGACAAAAUGGUUCAAGAAGUUGUUGAUGUGCUAAAACAUGUAUCCAGUAGCUGAAAAAAGUGGCAAUCAUCUGAAUGGUUCAAAAUCCUUUGACUUGCCUUAAAGAAAUGGAUACUUCAAUAAAUAUCUCACAAUAAAUUCCCCUGGCUUCUUAUGACCUAUUUUUAUUGGACAAAAAUAAUAAAUUCACAGGUUUAUCAUUCUAUGUUAUCUUAGGACUCAAUUCAUACUAGAGUUUUGCAAACUUCAGAUUUAUCCCUUGGAAUUUGGGAUCAUCACGAGAAAAUAAUUUCACUGUUGGUCAUGAGUAAUUUACACUUACGUGUGUAAUUUAUUUCCUCUAAUCAAUCAAUAUGUUUUUGUUAUUUACCUGUCAACGGUUUGUAUUACGUGUGAUCAGACCGCGUGACUGUAUUUAUUAAGAAGAAGACAAAAUAAAAUGCGGUUUUUGUGACGUCAUAA